AUGAAGUAAAAUACUCACACAAAAAAUAAAAGCUCAGUUGUACCGCUUAGAGCUGAAGAUAAAACUGUUGAUAAACUUAUAGACGAAGUUUUCAAUGAAGACGGGAACAAAACUGGCAGAAAUAGUCCAAAUCUAAUGCCAGAAGAAUUUGCAAGCUUUAUUGGAGAUGAUUAUAAACUUCUCAAUAGUAAAGAUAAUAGUCUUUCAGACUUAACUAAAAUUUAAAAUGAUGAAGAUGAAGAAGCUGAUGGCAACAAAGAAGAUCCCGACGAGAAGGAAGAUGAUGAAUAAGAAGAUGAUAAAGAUGGAUAAAAUACGAAAGUCAAUAUGUUUAAUAGUUAGAAAACUGAUUUGAAAAGAUUGAAUACUGUCAAAGCCGUGAGAAAAUAUACAAUGAUAACUGACAGAAUCACCUAAUCUGGCAGGCAUGGUAAAAUCUUGAGUAAAUAAGACAGGGAAACAAAAGAGAUGCUAGAUAUUUUUCAAGAAGUUGAGACUAAACUCUAGUCUAAAAAAGUGCAUGCUCAAAAACUUUAGGAAUUUAAAAUUUCUGUAAAACUUAAAUUUCUUGGACUCAGUACUUGGUUUGUCUACUCUGAUGUCCUAUACAAUAUAGAAAUUAAAUAAGAAAAAGGUCUUAUUGGAAAAUAUAAUGAUUCCAAAACUCCAUUUUAAGCUUAUGAUGAUUUUUAUAAGGAUUAAACAAAUGGUCCAUAAUAAUUCAAAGAUGAGACAAAUAAUGAACCUAUUUCUGAAUUCUCAAUAUAUCAGGGAAAAUCAAAUGUAAAAGAGUGGGAUAAAUAUAUGUUCUAAAUAGUAUUGUAUACUAUUCCAACCCUUGAAAAAGUUGGUACUCUCAGUCUUCCUUUCACAAAUUUUCAUCAUAAAAUUGAUUUUAAGCUGAUAUAAUUUUCAGAUAAAUCAGCUGAAGGUGGCAAAUAAUCAGCUGAUGAUAACAAUUAGAGUACAUUUUUAGUUUCUUAUAUUGGAAAAAAUGAAUUGAUCUUUUUCGGUCAUAAUUAAAAGUACCAUGUUAAUCUUCCGAAUCUUGUUAUAUAAAUACAAACAUGCAAUAUCAAGACGAAUGAACUGAGUUUGAUUAAAUGUGGUGAAUUUCUAAUUCUUGUCAAUAAUUAAUUCAAGAUUGACAAAGUCUUAGAUAUUGAUAAGAAAGAUUUCUUGGAAAAUUUUGAAGAAAAAGAAGAUGAAUCAUCAUAGUUCAUCUGUAACAGUCCAAAUACGAUUUGUAAUAAAGGCCUCAUAAUCAAUAAAAAGAGUCUCUUCAAAGUUUAAAAAACCAUGAAAAAGCUCGAUAUUGAACCUUAAUUGCUAGAAAACUUCAAUACUGUACUAUCUUAAAAAGAUACAUCCGUUAAAGCUCAGUAUGACUCUUACAAUAAUCAGAUCUAUUUUUACAUUGAUAGGAAAGAUGCUGAUGGUAAAGAUCUAUUCAGAGUCCAUUUAAGUGAAAGAGAAUAUUAAGUAACACAUCCCAUAAUUCAAACUAGAUUUGCUUCUAGCUCAAAAGAUUUACUUAUGAAUUAUAUCCAAGAUGAUUACUUAAUUUGUUGCUUUAUCAAUAUUGAAGAUGAUACUAGCAAAUAUUUAGAGGUUAUUAAAUUCUAUAAGCAUUAUAAAUUCAAAUUGGUAAGUUAUGAACCAUUUGAAAUGGGUAAAAUAUUAGAGAUUCAAAGGAGUUUAACAAAGGAUACAAAAUAAAUGGAUCAGAAGAAAUUUAGAAUAAGUCAUAAAUAAAAGCAUUUAAUUGUAAAUUACACAGAAAGGCCAAAGUAAAAUUAAAGCUAUUUGAAUUUGAAGGAUACUUUUGUUGAUACAUUUUAUGUAACAAACUGCGAAUUUAUGAAAUCUGAGAUUUUUGAUAUUCCAAAAGAACAGCUUAAUCUAUAAUGUAUUUAAAUUUAAGAAAAAAAUAUUUUUACUUCCUAUAUAAAACAAUGUGAUGAUUAUCUUUGGGACUUUACCAUUAAUUACAUUCCUUAAUAAUAAAUUUCCUAACUAAAUCUAGUUGCUUUUGAUAAGGUGAAGAAAUAAUCUUUUUCAUUUAAAAUAUACGAACAAAAAGCUGAUCCAGAAAACAAAUUAACAUAAGAAAUUAAAAGGGUGCAUUUGUCUGAAUGCCUUACAUAAAUUAUAAUCCUUGACACUUUAAACAAGGCAAAAAUAUACAACAUUAAUGAAAUCUUGAAUGAAAGUGAUUAUAUCCCAAUAGAUAAUUUUAUUACUUUAAUCAGGUUUUCUUCUAGCUAAUUCGUUUACAUUCAAUUAAAAGAGAAAAGAUAUUUCCUCAAAUUCUGUAAGAUUGAAUAAAAAUAGUUGAUUGAUAUUGACUCUGUAAGUCUAGAUCAAUAUAUUAAGGACAUCCAGCUUUUCGAAAAAUUAGAUUUGAUCAAGUAUAAGUACUACGAGAGUUAAUCUUUGGUGGUCCGUGACAAAUACUUACUGAUAGAUUUAUAUGAUCAAUAUUUAAUUUAUGACCUUACAAAAGAUAUAUUUAUGGGAAAAAUUUAAAUCUAAAAUUAAAAAAGAAAUUUUUCACUAACACAUUAACUUAACUAAUUGACUCUCUCAAUGGAUAAUCCAAAUAGAAAAGGUAAAAAGAUGUUUUAUAUCUUUGAGGGUUUUUUAGAAUCAUAUUUCAGAUUGAAUUAUGGCCAGUUUGAUGUAGCCUAUGAUUUCGAAGAAUGCUUAAUUAUAUUCAAGGAUUUCAGCAAUCAGCCAAUCGGUGUGGUCUCAUUUGAGCAAGAUUUACAACUUUCAAUUGACUAGAUUGAGCUGGUUGAUUCUAGAAAAAGUGAUUCAUUCGCUAUUUAGAAAAUCAAUAAAAUGAGUUUUAGAGAAAUCGCAAAUUACAUUGAUUCAUUCAACGGGACUCUUCUUCAUAUUAUUGCUGGUAAAUCUGAUAUUGUUGUAAAUUCUAUAAGACAAAGACUAUCGAAUCAGUAAAAUCAGUAUGAUUAUAUGCUUUUUGUGAAUAAUGAAUAAGGUCAUAGUGCUUUUGAUUAUUAUGUUAUGAAUGACGAUUACUAAAAAAUCAAUUUCGCUUUAGAUCUAAUGGUGAGAUUCUAGAAUAAUAGUCUGUUCAACUCAAUUGUUGACAAGAAUCUUAUUUAUUUAAUAGAAAAAAACUUCGACCUUAAAGACUAUUUAUAAUCAAAGCUCCCUAUAUGCUACAUAGAGACAUCUUAUUAUCCAUAAUACUCAAAGGAUCCAGCUACUCUCUUUAUAUCCGAAUUUGAUUAGAGUUCAAGUCUUGCAAGAAUAAAUUACUUUUAUAAGGAUGAAGUCAGAAAAUACUUAAAGAAAGAUGAUAAAGAGGGUGUUACUCAAUAAAUUGAAUAUCUAUUGCCAGUGAUUCCAAUAUCUUUUUCUCAUCCUUAAUUUAUGGAGGCCUUAUAACAAUCUAACAAUGAAGACUUAUUCGAAUCAGAUCUAAUAUAGAUUGCCUUAAGUUUUAAAUGGGACAAAUAUGCAUUCAAGUUCCAUUUGUUAUCAUUUUUAUAGUUCUUCAUAUUCUUAGUAAACUUCAUUGCUGAUGUAUACUUUUUGGUAUUAUAUGAGGAUUAAAGAAGCAUAUACUAAUAGUGGACUGUUAAAAUAAUUGGUAUAUUUUAUAUACUUUUCUAGCUAUAAUAUGAGUUCAAAACAAUAUUAGUCUAAGGAGUCCUUAACUAUCUUUCAGAAUAUUGGAAUUAUGUCGAUAUAUUCUUGAUCCUGCUUUAUGUUGGAUGUGGAAUUAUAGAUUUGAUGCAUACUAAUUUCUAACUGGAGAGGCUAUUGUAUAGCAUUUGCUUAGUUUUCGUUUUCAUUAAAUUUUUCUCGUAUUUGAGAAUUUUUUAAGGAUUUAGUUUUCUAGUUCAAAUGCUUAGAGCAGUCUUUGUUGACCUUAAGUUCUUUAUUGCAUUGUACGGAAUAGUUAUUGUUCUCUACGGGUUAAUAUUUACAAUUUUGGAGAUUAAAGCAGAUGUAGAUGACAGUGAAUAUUAAGGUAUUAGUUACUUCGGCUACUUUAUUAUGUCUUUCAGAGCUUCUACAGGUGAUUUUUAAGUUGACAAUUUCCAUCUCUUAGAUAGCUACCACGUUUAAUUUGCUUGGAUAAUUUGGGUUACAUCAGUAUUGUUUCUAAAUAUCAUCUUACUGAACUUCAUUAUUGCUGUUAUUUCAUAAUCAUAUGAGAAAAUUAUGCAGAGAAUGAUUGCCCAGUCUUAUAUGGCCAAAGCUAAGUUGAUUUAUGAAUGUGAGUUGCACUAUAGCCGCUAUGGUAAAGGUGAUUCUCAUUUCCCAAGAUAUUUCAUUCUAAGAAGAAUUAAAAAUAAUGUCUUGCAAGGUGAUGCAGAAUGGCAAGGAUUUGUUAAGGAUAUUAAAAAAACAAUGGAGAAGGUUAAAGUUCAACUAACAGAGAAAUAAGAUACUUCUACUUAAAAAAUUUAUAAGAAACUUGAUGAAUUCAGAAAUAUGAUCUAAGCGAAUAACGAAGAAUAGCACAGGAACGCUCAUGAAGAUCUAAAGAAGUUAAGAUCAUCUUUCAAAAGACAAGAAUGGAUGAUGAGAGCGGUGUUGGAUAAUCUAUACGGGGCUGAUUUUGACAUUUAAAAUUUUAAACCCUCUUAAGCAAAAAGAGGAGCAAAGACAACAGCAGCAACAUCAAAAAAUAACAACACAGUUAAAAGAAAUUGA